AUCCAGAGAGAGAGAGAGAGACAGAGAGAGAGGGAGAGACAGACAGACAGGGAGAGAGAGAGGGAGAGAGAGAGAGAGAGAGAGAGAGAGAGAGGCUGCCUGUUACAGAAAAUGAUCAAUCCCUGAACGAGGUGGGAGGGUCACUUGAUACCGGCUCCUUCUCAGCGGCUCACUGCUGCUGUCCAGAUGACUUUACAGGUUGUGCGUCGCGGCAUCGCAUAGAAUAAAUUAACCGGCAGUUUAUGUCGCUGUAUUUGGCGUCCACACACAUCCGCUGACUGACUGACUGAUUGACUGAGACUCGGGACGUUUUCUUUCUCUCCCCACCAAAAGAAUCCCAGCGAAAUAGCCGGAUCCGCGCUAUUCAUGAAUGAGUCUCCUCUUAUUUCAAGAAAUAUGUGAAGAUUACAAGACCGCACUUCAACUCAGCUUUUUCAGUGCAAUCCUGCUCCUUGCUGACACACGAUCCCGGGUGUUUUAUCUGAUCUCGGUAUUUUUCGGAGCCCUGUGGGGAUGGGAACGUGCUUGGAUAAAGGAUGGACUUACUGCGGCCUCAGGAAAGGUCACUGUCCUCUUAAGGUCAUGUCAUGGCCCCUGGCACUGUGGCUAUUGACUCUAAUCUCUGUGAAUCAAAAGACGACUGUUGGACAGACUCUGAACACCUUCCAAUCAGAGAGGAAGGAGUGGUCGCUGAACCACCUGACUGUGCAUCAGUCUACUGGGGCUCUAUACAUUGGAGCUGUCAACCGAAUCUACAAGUUGUCAGCUAAUCUCACCCUCCUGGUGUCCCAUGAUACAGGCCCAGAGUAUGACAACAAAGCAUGUUAUCCUCCACUGAUUGUCCAGCCCUGUUCUGAGCCUCUUGCCUCGACUGACAACGUUAACAAACUGUUGCUCAUUGACUACUCUCAUAACCGGCUGCUGGCCUGUGGCAGUCUCUACCAGGGAGUAUGCAAGCUGAUGAGGCUGGAUGACUUGUUCAUCCUGGUAGAGCCCACGCAUAAGAAAGAACAUUACCUGUCCAGUGACAACCAGACAGGGACGAUGUACGGGGUUGUUGUGCCCUCGCAGGGUCAGGAUGCGACUCUGUACAUCGGCACGGCUGUUGGUGGCAAACAGGAUUACUUCCCUACUAUCUCCAGCCGCAAGCUGCCUCGCGACCCAGAAUCCUCUGCCAUGCUAGACUACGAGCUUCACACUGACUUUGUUUCCUCCCUCAUUAAAAUCCCCUCAGACACACUGGCUCUUGUCCCACACUUUGACAUCUACUACAUCUAUGGCUUUGCUAGUGGCAGCUUCGUCUACUUCAUGACUGUCCAGCCGGAGACGCCUGAGAAUGGGAUGCCCGCUGGCAGCUCUCCUGGCGACCUGUUUUACACCUCUCGCAUCAUCCGCCUCUGCAAAGGUGACAAGAAGUUCCACUCAUAUGUGUCACUUCCCGUGGGGUGCGUGCACAGAGGCGAGGAGUACCGUCUGCUGCAGGCAGCUUACCUGUCCAAGGCCGGCAGGGUUCUGGCAAAGUCGCUCAACAUCAGCGCGCAGGAGGACGUGCUCUUUGCUGUGUUCUCCAAGGGACAGAAGCAGUGCCACGACCCUCCAGAUCACUCCGCUCUCUGUGUCUUCACCAUCCAAGACAUUAACACACGGAUCAAGGAGCGGCUGCAGUCCUGCUACCAGGGAGAGGGAAACCUGGAGCUGCACUGGCUGCUGGGAAAGGACGUGCAGUGCACCAAGGCGCCUGUUCCCAUCGAUGAUCACUUCUGUGGCCUGGAUAUAAACCAGCCCCUGGGGGGUUCGCAGCUGGUGUCGGGUCAGACGGUGUACACUGAAAGCAGGGACAGGCUGACCUCUGUCACCUCCUACGUCUACAAUGGACACAGUGUGGUCUUCUUGGGGACCAGGAGUGGACGGCUGAAGAAGAUCAGAGUGGACGGUCCUCUGGAGGGAGGAGUGCUGUACGAGACAGUGACCGUGAUGAAGGAUAGCAGCCCCAUCCUCCGGGACAUGGCCUUCUCCCUUGACAGGAACUCUCUCUAUGUCAUGGCUGACAAUCAGGUGGCUCAGGUCCCUGUGGAAGCCUGUGAGCAGUACAGUACAUGUGCUGAGUGUCUGAGCUCUGGUGACCCCCACUGUGGCUGGUGUGUCCUUUAUAACAUGUGCUCCAGGAGGGAUCGGUGUCAGAGGGCGGAGGAGACCUUCCGUUUCGCCACUGACAUUGACCGCUGUGUGAAGGUCAUCGCUCACCCAGACAGCAUUGCUGUAUCAGCACAUAGUGUCCCUCUUCUGUUGGAGGUGAAUAACGUUCCAGACCUUUCUGCUGGAAUCACCUGCUCAUUUGGCCAGCAGGCCCAAGUGGAGGGUCACGUCAACGGGAACAGGGUCAUGUGUCUGUCCCCAGCAGGGAAGGAGGUCCCUCAGAUACCAGAAGGACAAGACUGGGCUGGCGUGGAGCUACGUCUGAACUCAAAGGAAACAGGUCAAAUGGUCGCCAGCACAGAGGUGAAGUUCUACAACUGCAGCACACAUAAAACGUGUCUGUCCUGUGUAAACAGCACGUUUCGCUGCCACUGGUGUAAAUACCGCAACCUGUGCACCCACGACCCCAGCAGCUGUUCUUUCCAGGAGGGCAGAGUGAACGCCUCAGAGGAUUGCCCUCAGCUCCUAAACUCUGGGGAAAUUCUCAUUCCGGCCGGUGAGGUCCGACCCAUCACCCUGAGGGCCCGAAAUCUUCCCCAGCCGCAGUCGGGCCAGCGUGGCUACGAGUGCGUGGUGCAUGUGCAGGGUGCCAGCCACCGUGUCACAGCGCUGCGCUUCAACAGCACCAGUGUGCAGUGCCAGAACAGCUCGUACAUGUACGAGGGUGUGAAGAUCAGUGACCUGGCAGUGGACCUCUCCAUCGUAUGGAACGGCAAUUUCAUCAUCGACAAUCCCGAGAAGAUUAAAGUGCACCUCUACAAGUGCAGCGCCCAGCGGGACAGCUGUGGCAUGUGUCUGCGGGCAGAGAGGAAGUUCCAGUGUGGAUGGUGUAGUGGCGAGGGACGGUGCACCAUGAAGCAGCACUGUCUUCCCAUCUCCCCCUACGCUAGCCGCUGGCUCAACCUUUCUGCCAGGAAUGUCAAGUGCACCAACCCACGCAUUACUGAGGUGAGCCCAGUGGCAGGACCUCAAGAGGGGGGCACACUGGUCACCAUCCAGGGCCUGAACCUGGGUCUGUCCUUCUCUGAGCUGCAGGGCAACGUGGAGGUGGCGGGUGUGCAGUGCACCCCGCAGGAGGAGGGAUACAUCACAGCAGAACAGAUUGUGUGUGAGAUGGCUGCAGCUCCUAAAGGAAGUGCAGCAGGUCCAGUGAAGCUGUGUGUCGGCGAAUGCAGACCAGAACUACGUGCACAGUCCUCCCAGCUGUACUCCUUUGUGACCCCUUCGAUGCUGGCCCUUACCCCAGGCAGAGGACCUGAAUCUGGGGGCACCAAGGUCACCAUUGUCGGGGAGAAUCUGGGCGCUGGAAGCACUGUUAAUGUGUACUUUGGUAAUCAGACCUGUGAGCUGUAUAGGAGGACCAUGUCGGAGAUUGUGUGCUUCUCUGCGCCGUCUGUGACGAGAGCUGGACCAGUGCAAGUCAGUUUGAGUGUGGACAGGGCCAAAGUUCCUGGAAGUCUGGCCUUUGAGUACAUAGAAGACCCCACGGUCCAACGCAUUGAACCCCUGUGGAGCAUUACCAGCGGACACACCACCAUGACAGUGACAGGAACCAACCUGGAUGUAGUUCAGGAGCCACGAGUCAGAGUCAAAUAUGGCGGCCAUGAAUCUGUCAAUGUUUGCAAAGUGCUAAACACAACCACCAUCAGCUGCUUUGCCCCCUCUCUAAAAGCGGAGUACACUGCAGACCAGGAGACGAUCAAACACGUGGACGAGUUUGGCUUCGUCUUCAACAACGUCCAAGCUCUGCUCACUUACAACAACACCAGCUUUGUAUACUACCCCAACCCUUACCUGGAACCACUCAGUCUAUCAGGAGUCCUGGAGCAGAAACCUGGUGCUCCAAUCAUACUCAAAGGACGUAACCUGGUGCCAUCUGCAUCUGGUGGAGCCAGGCUGAAUUACACGGUGCUGAUUGGAGAUACGCCCUGUUCUCUCACUGUGUCCGACACUCAGUUACUCUGUGAGCCACCAAACCUCACCGGGCAGCACAAAGUCCUGGUCCAAGUAGGAGGACUCCACAUCUCUCCAGGAGAAGUUCACAUCCGGUCCGACAGCCUGCUGACCCUUCCUGCCAUCUUCAGCAUCACAGCUGGAGGAGGGCUCCUCCUCAUCAUCGUCAUUAUAGUCCUACUGGCCUACAGACGGAAGUCACAUGAGAACGACCUCACUCUGAAGCGCCUGCAGAUGCAGAUGGACAAUCUGGAGUCCAGAGUGGCUCUGGAGUGCAAGGAGGCCUUUGCAGAGCUGCAGACAGACAUCAAUGAGUUAACGAGUGACCUGGACCGAGCUGGCAUCCCCUACCUGGACUAUCGCACUUACGCCAUGAGGGUUCUCUUCCCUGGAAUCGAUGAUCACCCUGUGCUCAGAGAGCUGGAGGUGCCGGGGAGCGGACAGGCGAAUGUGGAGAAAGCCUUGAAGCAGUUUGCUCAGCUGGUGAAUAACAAGGUUUUCCUGCUGACAUUCAUCCGUACACUGGAGCUGCAGCGCUCCUUCUCCAUGCGUGACCGCGGCUACGUUGCCUCGCUCAUCAUGACCGCUCUGCAGGGACGGCUGGAGUACGCCACAGACAUCCUCAAACACCUGCUCUCAGAUCUUAUAGAACGCAACCUGGAGAGCAAGAACCACCCCAAACUACUUUUACGCAGAACAGAGUCUGUGGCAGAAAAGAUGCUGACAAAUUGGUUUGCCUUCUUGCUGCACAAAUUUCUCAAGGAGUGUGCUGGCGAGCCUCUCUUCAUGCUGUUCUGUGCCAUCAAACAGCAAAUGGAAAAGGGACCCAUAGACUCUAUCACUGGAGAGGCACGCUAUUCCCUCAGUGAGGACAAACUCAUCAGACAGCAGAUUGAAUACAAGACGCUGACGCUGAGCUGUGUGAACCCAGACAAUGAGAACAGCCCAGAAAUCCCUGUCAAGGUGCUCAACUGUGACACCAUUACCCAGGUAAAGGAGAAGAUCCUGGAUGCGGUGUACAAGAACAUGCCCUACUCACAGCGACCACGAGCUGCAGACAUGGAUCUCGAGUGGCGGCAGGGUCGAACAGCUCGUGUGGUCUUGCAGGAUGAGGACAUCACCACCAAAAUAGAGAGUGACUGGAAGAGACUCAACACACUCAUGCACUACCAGGUGUCUGAGCGCUGUGUGGUGGCCUUGGUGCCCAAACAGAUGUCCUCUUUCAACAUUCCUUCCUCAGCCAGCUUCCCGCGCAGCAUCAGCAGAUACGGUGUGGACGUACCCUUCCGCUCUACGCCCACCAGCCCAGACAGCCCCCACUCCCGUGUGCCCAUGCUGACCCCUGACCUGGAGAGCGGGGUCAAAGUUUGGCACUUAGUCAAGAACCACGACCAUGGGGACCAGAAAGAGGGCGAGCGCGGCAGUAAGAUGGUGUCUGAGAUCUACCUGACGAGGCUACUAGCAACAAAGGGCACACUGCAGAAGUUUGUGGACGACCUGUUUGAGACCCUGUUCAGCACUGUGUGUCGUGGCACUGCCCUGCCUCUAGCAAUCAAAUAUAUGUUCGACUUCCUGGACGAGCAGGCCGACAGGCACGGCAUUCAUGACAUGGACGUUCGUCAUACCUGGAAGAGCAACUGCCUGCCCCUGCGCUUCUGGGUAAACGUGAUUAAGAAUCCCCAGUUUGUGUUUGACAUCCAUAAAAGCAGCAUCACGGACGCCUGUCUGUCUGUGGUGGCCCAAACCUUCAUGGACUCUUGCUCAACAUCUGAACACCGUCUAGGCAAAGACUCACCCUCCACCAAACUACUCUAUGCCAAGGACAUACCGCAUUAUAAAAGCUGGGUAGAAAGGUACUAUGCUGACAUCAACCGCCUGCCUGCCAUCAGUGAUCAGGAUAUGAAUGCCUAUCUGGCUGAACAGGCCCGCCUUCACUCCAGUGAGUUCAACAUGCUCAGUGCCCUCCAUGAGAUCUACGCUUACGUCAGCAAGUACAGCCAAGAGAUCAUUGAGGCACUGGAGCAGGAUGAACAGGCCCAGAAGCAGAAGUUGGCGUAUAAAGUGGAGCAGAUCAUCUCAGCCAUGUCUACAGAGAGCUGAGACAACACACACACACACACACACACCUACAUACAUACCCAAACACAUUCAGUAUGCACACACUAUACAUACACACAGCACAAUAUUUGGUUACAGAGGAUAAACCCAUCUGCAACACAUGUGGGACUCACACACACACACACACACACACACACACACACACACACACACACACACACACACACACACACACACACAGACAUUGCAGAUUUAAUGGACCUAUUGUAUAAACAAACUGACAGUACAUACACACAUGCCCAUUCAUCUAUAUAUACACACACACAUACAAGUGUACAUACACAAACCACUGCACACAUCAAACAGCAGAUCGUCCAAAAGCACGACUUUUGAAUCCAAUGUCAUUGUUUUUUCAGAAGAAACUCCAACAGGCAAACAUCCAACUUUUAAAAGGGUCCUAUAGAGAAAGAGACAGAGAGAAAGGGAGAAACAGAGAGUGAGAGAGAGAGAGAGAGAGAGAGAGAGAGAGAGAGAGAGAGAGAGAGAAAGAGAAAGGGGAUUUGGGCCAUCACAGUUGCUGAAUUUGCCGCCAAUUCUUAUCCGUUGGGUAAUGGUUUGUCUUUGUAGUGGGUGCUUAUACAAAAUGUCUGUGUGUGGCAUGGCUGGAGCUCUGAGGAGAACAGCACUUAAUAAAGAAUGACUCAACUUGAAAAGUCACUGGAGAAGCUCAACAAAGACAGGAGCCAAUUUAAUGGGACGGCACAUGUGGUGAGACAAGACUCAAAGUACUUUUUAUAUGUCAAAGAUGACGGACACUUACUCGCCCUUCAUAUCACAGGCUUGGAGUGACAUUCGGAGCCAUUCAGAGCAAGGAUGUGUAACUUUGUGUUGUUAAGCCUUUUCCUAUUGCCUUUUAAAGGCUUAAAAAAGAAAACACUAAAGACUAUUGCAUCAUCACUUUUCAUUUCCCCACUUGAAGUUCCCUAUCACAGUUUAUUUUUUGUUCAAUGAAGAUUUUCUGACUUAUAACUCAACACAAAAUUUGUCAUUGACAAGGUGAGGGUCCAGCUCUUUAAUAAUAUAACACUGAGAAGGCAUUACCUUCAAAUGUGAAAUAUAUGUAGAGAUAUUUCCAGACCCAAACCCUGACUUUUGUGCCAAAUAUAAUGUAUCAUGUUUCAUUCAUGUUAAAUGCUCCUAUUGAAGCUAUUAAUAAUACAUGCCAUUAUGCGGGAAAAGAUCCCAUUUGAGAUAGGAAAUUUUGUACAGUGAUGAUCUAUAGACCACCAAUUCAACCAUUCAAAGAUAAGUGGAGACCAAAUUGAACUGUAGCAGAAAGCAUGAUUAAUGAUGCUCUAAAUCUGAUCGUGGAUCAGAUUAGCCUAACCCUGGCCAACAGCGCCGCUUCCCCCGCCCACCCCCCCACCCCCCAACCUCCCUGUCUCAUCAGUCAUUGUUUACAUUUAGCGUGAUACUUGAAAUGCACCAAGUGUACCAGAUAUUAAGAACACCUGCUGAUCCUGUGAAGUAAUCUGGUCAGAUUAAGUUAGAUGAAGGCUGUGAUGCCUUAUUGAUUUUCCAAAUAAAUCCACUUUGAGCAUAACCUGGAAUUUAGACGAAUUUUAACCCUGGAGACAUUUGAGCCGUGAGGUGCUGUAACAGAGUCUGCAGCUCUGUCUAAAGUAAGUGUUCCUAAUAUAUUUGUACACAGAGUGGAUAUAUGAUUAAUGAUAUGUGCUUGGAUCACCAAUUGGUCCUUGUAAAGUUAAUUAAUGAAACAUCAGUUUGUUGCUUCACAGCGCUUUCUUUGCUUUACAUCCUGUUUUCCAUGCCUCAGCGUAUAAUUCACAAGUUUUAGUUUUUUGUUCAAAUGUACAUUUUACCUGACUGCUUGUUGUCUCCUUGCUGCUGUAUUUAUAGAGUGCCAUAUCUAAACUUAAAAAUGAUUAUCAUGAGGAAAAAUUCAGCCUGAGGCAUCGCAUUAAUUCAGGGGUCUUGUUUUGAUUGUUUUUAUUUCACCCAUUGCAAUGGUGAAAGAUGAAUUUCUCUCUGUGCUUGCAGAUGUUUCAUCGCUCCAUAUAAUAGUCACCACGGCUGUCUAUCAGUGUUAUUCUGGAGCGCUGCUCUUUUUUUUUUUUUUUUUUUUUUUAACCAUUUCAGUAUUAGUGGGGUUAAUAUACUCCCCACAGGACCUUGACUCAUGCUAAUCUAGGAGAACAAGAUAAAAUACGAUAAAUAAUAAAUACAUUUCCUGCUAAGUGUUGAAAUAUGACAGAGAACUCAUAUGUUCCAUGUGUGGUUUGAUAAUGAUAAUUUAUAAAUGUGUUGUGCAAUAAACUGUCAGACGUUUAAACUGUAAUGUUUUUUAAACUAUAUUAUUGUAUAAAUAUUGUACAUAAAAAACACUCCUAUUUUGCAAGCAAAAGAUUCACUUUGUACUGUUGUUAUACAUUAAAUGCGCAGCUGAUGAAAAUUA